UCUCCAGAUGCGACGCCCGGAGCUGCUUCGGGAAGGUGUUUCCACAUCGAUGAUGAUGAAACGGUACUGUCGGUUGCCUCUUUCGCCUCGUGGAGGUAUGGAUGUGCCCCGGCAGGCGAGCGGGGGGUUGAGGCCUCGCCGGACGGCGGCUCCGGAGCUGAUUAGGUUGACUCAAGCGUGUUAUACCGCAUGAGGUUUUGGUCGCGUGAUUGUGUGGAACCGGCGGACGCUCCUCGCACGGCGGGCGUUGAGGUGGUGAGCACAGGGUGAGGCGUCGCUUGCGCGGUCUGCGUCAGGCCCGGACGUAAGAGCAAGCCAACGUAGAAUUCUGUGAAGGAUUUCACGGGGCAAAGAUCGCGCUGAGAUCAGCAGCGAUUUGAGUUUUGGUGU